AUGCAAAAUGACAACGAAUGUAAGCUAUUAGGUCCAGUUUCUAUUGCCAUACAACUGCUGAUGGCCUUUCUGAUAAUAUGUUCGUUAUUAUUGAAAAGACAAUCAGAGCAUCCCAAGAGAACGUGGGUAGUUUGGUGCUACGAUGUUGGAAAACAAAUCCUUGGUGCUUUGAGCAUACAUUUCUUGAAUGUACUGAUUAGUGUGCUUAAAGGAAGUAAUUCCCUUGAGGAUGCUAUUAUUUUCAUUUUUAGGGCCGGAUUGAAAUUAAUGACUAAGGAUGGUGGAUCUGACUCUGGGGACGAAUGUGACUGGUUUUUUUUGAACCUAUUAUUAGAUACCACUGUCGGAAUACCGAUUCUUUGGUGCUGUCUCACAUUUUACGAGUACAUACUGACAGCUAUAGGAAUUGAGAAUAUCGAAAGUGGCAAUUACUUCUCAGAAUCAGAAUCUCAUUCUUCUACAGCGAAACGUGAACCGUUGUUUUCAGCAUUUUUGAAACAGUUGACGGUUUUCAUCGUUAGCUUAGCUUCAAUGAAAGGGUGUUUGUUUCUAAUACUUCUAUAUUUCGAAAAUGUCGCAGAAUGGUUGGCCAACUGGGUGCUUGGCUGGUCCGAUCCAUGGCCUAACCUGCAAGUGUUUUUGGUCAUGUUCGUUUUCCCCUUACUUCUAAAUUGUUUCCAGUGUUUCUGCGUUGACACUAUUAUCAAAUUGCCAGCAACGAAUAUUACUGCUCAGAAUGUAGACAAUUUCGAUCAAGAAUCGUUAAUUGAGAGUGAUGGAAUAUAUGUCACAAGAACUGUUUCGAAUAAACGGUAUGGAACAAUAGUAUAG